AUGUCGUCGACGGAUAGCCAGGGCAUUUUGCUCGACGCCGGUCUGCCCAACACCGAGGCCAUGUCGCUCGAAAACUACACAUUUCCCAAGGAGAGAUUGAAGAAGACGCUGUCAAACCCCAAGAAACAGCCCAUUGUACUUGUAUCAUGUGGCUCCUUCUCCCCGCCAACCAACCUCCAUUUGCGCAUGUUUGAGGAGGCAGCCGACUACUGCGAAUUCGAGACGGACUACGAGGUCGUCGGUGGCUUCUUCAGUCCCGUCGGCGACGCCUACAAGAAGGCCGGACUGGCGUCAGCACAACACCGUAUCAACAUGACCAGAAUUGCUGUGCAAGACAGCUCCAAAUGGAUUGGUGUCGACCCAUGGGAGCCAUUGCACAAGGAGUACCUUCCUACUGUCAAGGUCCUUGACCACUUUGACUACGAGCUUAACGAGGUUAUGGGAGGUAUUGAAACCGAGAACGGCGAGAAGCGUCGCAUCCAUGUAGCGCUGCUUGCCGGUGCCGACCUGAUCCAGACGAUGAGCACACCAGGGCUCUGGGCCCGCGAAGAUUUAAGCAGGAUCUUGGGACACUACGGCGCAUUCAUCCUCGAGCGCAGUGGUACUGAUAUCGAUGAUGCGCUUGUCCAACUCCAACAAUGGAGGGAGAACAUCCGUGUCAUCCCGCAGCUCAUUCAAAACGACGUCUCCUCGACCAAGAUCCGUCUCUUCCGCAAGCGGGGUAAGAGCAUCCGUUACUACAUCCCGGACAAGGUCGUCGACUACAUCUACGAGCACGGUCUUUACAGCGACGAUGAGAAGAAAGCAGCAGAGAAGGGCAAGGCGACUGCUGCUGCCGAGGCUGCCGGGUCUUCGCAAGGCGUCUCCGCUUCCUGA